AUGGCGGGGCCGGUCCGGCUGCCCAUCAACCUCGAUGCACUGCAAAACUAUCUGGAGACAUCCGUGCCAGAAAUCAAGACUCCCCUGAGUAUCAAACAAUUUGGGGACGGACAAUCGAAUCCAACAUAUCAACUAACCGGCGCCGACGGAAAUCGAUACGUUCUGAGGAAAAAGCCUCCGGGAGCACUAUUAUCGCAAACAGCACACAAUGUCGAGCGGGAAUACCGAGUCCUUCGAGCUCUCGAGAAUACCGACGUUCCCGUCCCUAAGGUGUAUUGCCUCUGCACUGAUCCCGCCAUCAUCGGAACAAUUUUCUACGUCAUGGAAUUUUUGGACGGCCGGAUCUUUACCCAGCAGUCCCUGCCAGGAGUCAGUCCAUCGGAAAGGACAAGCAUGUGGCGGUCAGCCAUGGAAACGCUUGCCAGGAUCCAUCGGGUCGAUUAUAAAGGGGUAGGCCUGGGAAGCCUGGAAAAGCCCGACAAGUUUUAUGUCCGCCAGAUCCGAACGUUCACGUCCCUCUCGAUACAACAGGCACAGGCAAGGGACAAGGAAACCGGUGUCCCCGUCGCCAAGGUCCCUCACUUGAACGAAAUGACCGAGGCAUUUCAGGAUGUUCGAUAUCAACCAGAAGAUCGCAAAACCCUCAUUCACGGUGACUAUAUGAUGCAUAAUCUGAUAUUCCACAAAACGGAGCCACGCGUCAUUGGUGUCUUGGACUGGGAAAUGACUACAGUUGGCCAUCCACUGGCGGACUUGGUGAAUGUGACGGCUCCGUUUGUGUCCGCCACUGCAUCGACUCAUGUCGGCGCGAACAAGGACUCGGCGGCCUUCAAACCGGGGGCGACACCAGGACUCCCCACCAGGCAGCAAUGCGUGGCAUGGUAUGCUCAGGUGAUAGGAUGGGAUCCCUCAGAAGAUCUGGCAUGGGGAGAUGCCUUCUCAGCCUUCCGGACUGCGGUCGUGAUGCAAGGAAUAGCGGCCAGAUACGCAUUAAGACAGAAUAGCAGUGCGAGGGCGUCCGAGUUUGGCCCCCAGGUCGAAAAAUUCGUGCACGAAGAAUGCAUACCGGCGGAUCCGGUCUUUCUCGCCCAGAUUGGGACCGGCGACGGCCGCUGGCAUGGUCACCCGUCCAUCAUAGAUGAAUUGAAGAAAAAAGCUCGUGCUCUGGGCAUGUGGAACAUGUUUCUUCCCAAAAAUCAUUACAAGGACGGCCCGCAAUUCACGAAUCUCGAAUACGCCUUGAUGGCCGAGUAUCUAGGCAAAAGUAGCAUAGCAAGUGAGGCAUGUAACUGCUCCCCACCCGAUACUGGCAACAUGGAAGUCCUCGCGCGCUACGGCUCGCCCGCUCAAAAGAAUCAAUGGCUGAAGCCUCUGAUGGAGGGCCAAAUUCGGUCUGCCUUCCUAAUGACCGAGCCUGAUAUUGCUUCAUCCGACGGCAGUAAUAUUCAACUACGUAUAGAACGCCGUGGCGACCACUACCUACUGAAUGGAUCGAAGACGUGGGCUUCCGGCACCGGCGAUGAGCGCUGUAAGGUUUAUCUCGUCAUGGGGAAGUCGAAUCCGGACCACCCGGAUCCGUAUCGGCGACAAUCUAUCAUACUAGUUCCGUCAGACACGCCUGGGAUGAAGAUACACCGGAUGCUCAGCGUAUAUGGAUAUGACGACGCCCCUCACGGCCACGGCCAGAUUACCUUCACCAAUGUCAAGGUGCCGCUCAACGCACUGAUCUUGGGCGAAGGCCGCGGCUUCGAAAUCAUGCAAGGUCGCCUCGGUCCCGGUCGAAUUCACCACGCCAUGCGUGCCAUAGGCGCCGCUGAGUAUGCUUUAGAGUGGCUGAUCAACCGUCUCAAUGACGAGCGCAAGAAGCCAUUUGGCAAACAACUCUCGGAGCAUGGCGUCCUGUUAGAAUGGGUCGCCAAGUCGCGCAUCGAGAUCGAUGCUUCACGGCUCGUCGUCCUCAACGCCGCGAUCAAGAUUGACCAGAUGGACGCCAAGUUUGCGCUCAAGGAGAUUGCAGAAGCAAAAAUCAAGGUGCCUCAGGUCGCGCUGGAGGUGGUGGACCGAGCAAUUCAAGUACACGGUGCGGUGGGUGUGGGCCAGGACACCCCACUAGCGAGCAUGUGGGCGCACCUGAGGACCUUGCGGAUUGCUGAUGGGCCAGACGAAGCUCAUCUACACCAACUCGGCCGUCGGGAGAACAAACAGCGCAAGGAUGAGGUCAGGAGACGCCUGGCCCAGCAGCAGGAAAAGACCGAGUUCCUCUUCCAAUCCAUGGGCGUGGACCGCAACGAGUUGGGUAAGGCCAAGUUCAACGCGAAGUUGUAG